AUGAGCAUCAGCUUCCCCAAGACUGAGGAGGAAACCCUUCGAUUUUGGAGGGAUAUUGAUGCAUUUCAUACUCAGCUCAAACUAACCCAGGACGGCCCCCGCUUCACUUUUUAUGAUGGCCCGCCAUUUGCGACCGGGCUUCCCCAUUAUGGCCACCUUCUGGCAUCCACCAUCAAAGAUAUUAUACCACGAUACUGGUCGAUGAAAGGCUACCAUGUGGUCCGUAGGUUUGGAUGGGAUACUCAUGGCUUACCGGUCGAGCACGAAAUCAAUAAAAAGUUACAAAUUUCGAGUGGCGAAGCGGUUAUGCAGAUGGGCAUCGAAAAGUAUAAUGCUGAAUGCAGGGCCAUCGUUAUGAAAUACUCUGGCGAGUGGCGACAAGUCAUUGAGCGAUUAGGGAGAUGGAUUGACUUCGAUAACGACUACAAGUCCAUGGACGUCACUUUCAUGGAGUCUUGUUGGUGGGUUUUCAAGCAACUUUUCGAGAAUGGUCACGUCUACCGCGCCUACCAAAUUAUGCCAUUUUCGACUGCACUCGGCACACCACUCAGCCAUAUGGAGGAAAGGCAGAACGAGAAAUCUACAGUUGAUCCUGCCGUUGUAGUAGCAUUCCCUAUUCUGAACGUCGACGGUCAAGAAAAUACUUCGCUACUUAUUUACACGACAACCCCAUGGACUUUGCCGUCAAACUUACUCAUUGCAGUUAACCCAUCUUUCGAAUACAUUCAGAUAUCGGACGAAAAAUCGGGCGAUGGCUUCAUACUUUUAGAGAGCUGCCUGUCUGUUUUGUACAAAAAUGUGAAGAACGCCAAGUACAAGGUGAUCAAGAAAGUGCCGGGGAAAGAAAUGAUAGGGUGGAGAUACAAGCCUAUUUAUGAUUUUUUCACAGAAAAAUUUCCAGACUGUUUUCAAGUCAUCGGUGCAGACUACGUGGAAAGUGGGGAAGGCACUGGUCUGGUUCAUCAAGCGCCAGCUUUUGGACAGGAAGACUACGAUGCCGCUGUCGCAGCUGGUUUUAUUUCCAAAGAGCGCUUGCCACCGUGUCCCGUCGACGACAAGGGCUGCUUUACCCAAGAAGUCCCAACUUACAAAGGUCAGCAUGUGAAAGCAGCGGACAAGGCUAUCAUCAGGGAUUUAAGGCCAACCGGUAGACUAUUGGUCGAGACACAAGUCACACACACUGAUAAGUUUUGCCCGCGAUCCCAAACUCAGCUUAUUAGGAAGGCUGUUUCGGCCUGGUUCAUCAAGGUCACGAACUCGACACCUGAGAUGCUAAAAAAUUUGGAAGAAACAACUUGGGUACCACAAUUUGUCAAAGACAAGCGCUUCGCAAAUUGGGUUUCCAACGCACGCGAUUGGAAUGUCUCCCGGAAUCGUUAUUGGGGAACGCCCAUUCCUCUCUGGGUCAGCGAAGACUUUGAAGAGGUUGUGUGUGUAGGGAGCAGAGAGGAGCUCAGAAGCCUGAGUGCGUACGAUGGGCCUUUGGAUGACAUUCACAGAGAUAAGAUUGACUAUAUAACAAUUCCAUCACAGCAAGGCAAAGGAGUCCUGCGCAGGAUUGAUGAAAUUUUCGAUUGCUGGUUUGAAUCUGGAAGCAUGCCUUACGCGUCCAACCACUAUCCAUUCGAAAAUAAGGAUGACUUCCAGAAAGGAUUCUUUCCAGCCGAUUUCAUUGCAGAAGGGCUAGACCAAACACGUGGCUGGUUCUACACUCUAAGCGUGCUCGGGAAUAAGCUUUUCGGAAAAUCACCGUUCAAAAAUUGUAUUGUAAACGGGUUGGUUUUGGCCGAAGACGGAAAGAAGAUGUCAAAGAGCCUUAAGAACUAUCCAGACCCCGCACAUGUCCUCGACAACUACGGCUCUGAUGCCCUGCGACUUUAUUUAAUAAACUCCCCGGUUGUCAGGGCUGAGCCUCUGCGUUUCAAUGAAGCUGGAGUCAAAGAAAUUGUUGGUCGUGUCCUGCUCCCGCUAUGGAACAGCUACCGUUUCUUCUCAGAACAAGCCAUGCUCUUUAGCAAUACAACCGACACCAAGUUUGUCGCUGUCUCAUCUGUUUGUUCUCACGACAAUAUUACCAAUGUGAUGGACCGAUGGGUUCUCGCGGACUGCCAAAGCCUCUUGCGCUUCAUGGACCGGGAAAUGGCUGGCUAUCGCUUAUAUACUGUCGUUCCGCGAUUACUGCAAGGGAUUGACAAUCUUACAAAUUGGUACAUACGAUUCAAUCGCAAACGACUUAAAGGAACCGCAGGCUUGAGCUUAGAUGACACGACAGCCGCGCUGAAUACGCUUUUCCAGGUUCUUUUCACGAUAACUCGUGCAAUGGCCCCAUUUGCCCCCUUUAUAACAGAGCAUAUCUAUGGUCUGUUGAAGCCAUAUCUAGGUGACACCCUUACAAGUGUAAGCGACAUGUCAAGCGUUCACUUCCUUCCCUUUCCGACCGUGCGGGAGGAACUCAUAGACACCACGAUCGAGAGGAAGAUGUCUGCAAUGCAGAGAGUCAUCAAAUUGGCGAGAACAGCUCGAGAGCGGCGCUCCAUCAGCCUCAAGACCCCCCUCAAAUCUUUGGUGGUGAUCGGCGAUCCUCAGUUCAUCUCAGAUAUUGACACCUUGAUGUCUUACAUAACUGAAGAAAUAAAUGUCAAUGAGGUUGUCUUGACAAGCGACGAAGAGAGAUAUGGCAUCCACCUGGAGGCCAAAGUGGAUUGGCCAAGUUUGGGUAAAAAAUUGAAGCGUGAUGUUCAGGUUGUUCGAAAGGCAUUGCCUAGCCUGACGCAGGAAGAGCUAAGGCAGUAUCAACGCGAGAAACACAUUGUGGUUAGCGGUAUUCACCUCGCCGAGAACGACAUAAGCAUUGUGAGGGUGAUGCCUGCCAGAAGUGCGGAUGCCACGACCGAAGGUGGCCCAAGCUGGGAACCAUCCUUCGAUGAGCACGUGGUGGUGCUCUUGGAUGGUGCUUCGUAUGCAGAACUGGAGUUUGAUGGUUUGGCCCGUGACCUCGUCACUCGGUUUCAGAAGCUUCGAAAGAAGGCCAAAUUGGUACCAUUGGAUGACGUCAGAAUGCAAUACAGCGUUGUUGCCAACCCGGAAGGGAUCGAUGUGGAUGCUCUGAUGUCGUCCAAACAGCCCCUCUUCACGAGUGCUCUCCGUGGACAACUUAACAAUCUGACAACAGAUGGAUAUGAAGAUGUUCUUAUUGAAGAGGAUCAGUUUAUUGGCGCUCUGACUUUGCGACUCCGUCUCAGUCGCAUAUAG